AGCCCUCGGAAGUUCGCCUGUUUCGCUGACUCCUCCCAACCGCGAGAUCGAUCUCGCUACCGGCCUGGAUGCCCAUCGGGAGCUUGGAGGCUCUGUUAUUUUUGUUCACUGCUUGAUUGUUGAUCAGAAAUAGAGGAAAACCGAACAUGUCAGUUGCAGCGCCUACGCCGCCACUACUCCUCACGAAACGACUCACUGCCUUCCUACGAGCGAACCUGUCCCCUCAAAUCCACAGUAGCCUUUUGACUACUGUCGCCGGCAAGCUCCUCACCCAUGCCUCACCACACUCUGUUGCCACAUUACGUACUCAGGCGACUGUCGCUGCCUCCCUUUGGGCUCUGUACUCUGCCCCGUCCACUGGCGCUACCAUAGAAAAUGCGCUACCAUCACACUCGUCGUCGACUUUGGUCGGUAAACAAACAUCAAGUGCGAUCACAGUCCAGCUUGCAGGCGCUGUUGUAGCUAUUAGACAUCUUCGGUGUGGCUUGCUUUUCAUAUGUAUCGGCCCGCCCGCUGAGUCACCCGCUUCUAUAUCGCCACGACAUUCUCAGCAGCAGAGCCGGCCGAUGCAGACUCCACAAGCCAACCUUGAUUCACAACCUAGCCCUCUCUUGGGCUCGCCUUCGGAAGUCGAAAGUGUUACUAGUACUGGUGGCGCAACCACUGCUAGCAUCGUGACAUCAAAUAGUGUUGGUGCAUCGGCUGUAGUGGCUAUGAGACGGCAGGCCGAAGAACUGGCACGUUGCUUGAAUGAGAGGCUAGGCGCUUUGGAUGUUCCAGACGAGACAACGGGAUCGCUCGAGUUACGCUGAAUCCACCAAAUCCACCCUGAAUAUAUCCAUGCGAUGUCGCCGAAGAGAUCAACGACUUCUCUUCACGCAUCUUUUCAGCAGAUCUUAUUCGCAACAUCAGUGCUGACCAUAUCAUACAUUCUUGCUGCGCGACGUCGUGCAGUAGCUUGCGUUCGCCGGCCCUUCAUAUUUAUAUUAUAUCUAGGACAUGCUCGUGGUGCCUACAACGUGACACAUAACAGACCCUACUCAACAUAUUAUGGAAUAUCACUAGACAAAUAUCCUACUCAUCGCGAUGCUCAUUACUGUAUUCACGGCUAAUAGACUUACGCGAUCUCGGAUGAAACAGACUCUCAGUAGCCAAUCGGCUCCAUAAGCGACUGUGUUGACAGAAAGUGGGAAGAUCAGCUCUAGCAUACCCAAAAUCGGC